AUGGUGCACGGUAUCCCGCAUACCGAGAAGCUUUUCAUAGGAGGAGAUUUCAACAGCCACAUUAGAGCGAUGUCUGGCGGAUAUGAUGAUGUGCAUGGUGGCUUUGGUUUUGGAGACAAAAAUGGAGGAGGAACGUCUCUGCUGGACUUUGCUAGAUUAUUUGAUUUGGUGAUAACAAACUCGAGUUUCCCGAAGAAGAGGGAGCACUUGGUCACCUUCCGGAACUCAGUGGUCGAGACUCAGAUUGAUUAUUUACUCUGCAGGAAGUCCGAUACAGGUCUUUGCACGAAAUGCAAGGUCAUACCGAGUGAGAACCUCUUGACCCUUCAUAGGCUCAUGGUCAUGGACCUUGAGAUCAUAAGGAAGAGGAGGAAAAGGGCGAUAUAUAGUCAAUAUAGGAUCAAGUGGGGGGCCUUGACGGAAGCUAAAGCUCAGUAUUGA